AUGGCUCGCCUGCCCAUCGCUCUCCUAUGUCUCGCUGUGCUUGCUGGUCAAGCGGUCGCGGCAGCGAUCGAGACAAAGACAAAAUGCCCAGACUCUGUCAGAGGUCUUCGUAGACUGGACGGCGAUCAGAAUACGAUUGGUGCUUACUUUGAGGGAGAUCAGGCUGCAUGCAACAACAUUGGCGCGGGGACUGACUAUGGAUGCACCGUCCUCGAGAAGCUAGGCAGCGGUUGGGAGCUGGCAACCCCGCCGACGGAUUACGUCGCCAAACAAACAAGCGGCGGGUCGUCCUCAGAUUCGUGGGUGUGCCGCGUGAAGAGCCUGUGCGCGACCCACGCACGCGUGACUUUGAAGUGA